AUGGUACCAUCAUCACUGAUCUUUGCCAUCAUUCCAUUUUUUGCAUUCCUGCCACACAUAGCAUCUGCAGCAUGGGAUGUUGCUGUUGGAUGUGAAAGCCCAUGCAACGACACCACCAAGGACGCUAUUAUUCCAGGCACACGACUCAAUCUUCGAUCCACUGGUGUCCCUGACAACGUUCAAAUCUAUACUGUGUUCUUGGAGUGGGGAUUACCGGAUACUUACCGUGAUGGCAUGCAAAUCGUUGCUAUGGACCAACCCGUUGCAGCUGAUCGCACUGCCAGCAUCAAUGUACCAAUACCACCAAAUGCUCCAGCAGGCGAUUAUUACUUCCUCAAGCUUACAUCUCACGAUUAUGACACCAAAGCCUUUGUUGGGCCAUUAAAAAUCGGCUCAAGGGCACCCGUUUAUGUUCCACCGCGUCAAGAAAAUUUUACAGUACAGCUUGGUUGCUAUGCUACCAAAUGCCAUGACAACAACACCAUCUACAUUGGUGAGACCGUAAUGGCCAAAUGGACCAAACCAUCUGAAGGCUCGCCCAAUACGAAAAACUUUCAUUUCAACCUUUGCUGGGGCCUUGAGGAAUUGGUCAAUGAUCUCUGGGUUGGAUGCCUGAGUUUAUCUGGAGGCAUCAAAGUAACAGGGGACUCAUCCAUUGACCUGGCUCCAUCUGGUGUCAAUGUUACCAUCCAAGAAGGCAUUGCUCCUGGAAGUUCUUAUUACUUGAAAGUUUCUUAUUUCGAUGGCAGUUCGCAAGGUCCUUCAGCAAGUGUUGGCCCUUUUACAAUUGCAUCUUCUGGUUAA